GACUGGGGAGGUCCAUAAGGUGCUGUCAGCAAAGCAGAUUACCCACUAUGCCUCUCUUCUCUCAAACAUACACACUUACUUGACUGGAGAGGUUUGAAAGGACAACACGUUGUGCAGGCGAGCAGAGAGGACACACAUUGUGGACAUUUCCGGAUACCUGUCACCAAACACUGGUUGAAAUAUGGAGAAGGUGGAUGUGAUUGAAAGGGACCUGACCCUGACCGUGCUGCUCCCAGAGGGACACGAAAGAACAGUUACCGUGCACAGCAGUAAACCAGUGAUGGACGUGCUGGUCAUUCUGUGUGCUCGGUACCACCUGAACCCCUCAGACCAUGUGCUUGAGCUAUUUUCCAAAAAUCACAACAAGCUUAAAUUCAAGCCCAGCUCUCUGAUUGGCUCUCUUGAAGCUGAGCUUGUUGCGCUUAAACCUAAACGAAGUGACAACAGAAAGCCCCCAAACAUGCCUGUGGCCACAGUGCGUCUGUUGAUAAACUACAGGAAGUCCCAUAAGGCCGUAGUGCGAGUCAGUCCCAGGGUUCCCCUGGCCGAGUUAAUGCCAGCUGUGUGUGACAAGUGUGAGAUGGAUCCAAAAAUCACUGUGUUGUUGAGAGACAGCCAAUCAGAAGAGCCUCUGGAUCUGACUAAAACGCUCAACGACUAUGGCAUCAGAGACCUGUAUGCAAAAGCUGUUUCAAGUUCCCCAACUGACUCGGCAACGCUGACUAAUAAAGAUUGCAAGAAGGACAAAUUGGCGAUGCAGGAGAAAGUCCUCGGAGAGAAAGAGAACAGUGGAUUACUCGGCUUGUUCAGAAGAAGCAGGAAAUCGGCUGAAGAGACUGCUACCAACACCACCCCCAUCAGCACUGCCACCUCUCUAGUGCUGAAAGAUCAGCGUGCCAACAAUACGGGCUGUUCCAGCGCAAACUCCGCCUCAUCCACGGCGUCUUCAGAAAUGACGAAGAAGAGACGAGCGCCUCAGCCUCCCAGCAUGCUCGGCUCCCGGAGCGUCUCUUGUGAACUGAACUCUAGUCAACAAUCCGCACUGCCGUCCACUGAUAACGAAAACCAGGGUGUUCUGAGUCGAGCCUCAUCCUCUGAGUCGUCUCUCAGGAGGAAUAAACGCAGAGCUCCUCCUCCUCCACGCACAAGCCCUUCCCUGCCAGACACUUCUGAUAAAGAAAGGUCAUAUACAGGAUCCUUUCUAGAGGAUGCUGAAGAGGACAACUCUACUGAAGCCAGUUUCAACCAAUCCAGCUAUUUUAAAUCAACCUGUUUGUCCUUCCCAUCAUCCCCUCUAAUGGCUGAGGUCCUGGCUGAAUUUACACACAGAAUGAAAACCAUGGAGCAGAAUGAUGUCUCAUUUGAUUGGUCUGUCACACAUUCACCUCUAGCACCUCCGACCCUUCCUCCAGUGUCUGAAUAUCUGGAUGGCGAUCCUGUAGUGCCCCCUGGCUGUGAGCUGCUGAGAAACGGCUCUCAGAGAGACGGCCUCACCACCUUCACCGUGGUGCCCCGGAGAAGACCGCAAAGCAUGAGGCAAUACGAGGUUCUCCUCACAAUGGAGAACUCUGAGACGAUGGAGAUUAAUGGAGAUACAGGAGAAAAUCUGGAGGGAGGUAUUUCUGAAUCGAGAGAGAUUGAGAAGACCGAGAUGGGUACCAAGGAGAUAGUGAUGCUUGAGAGAACAGAUGCUGAAUCUGAGAAUCUAGAGGAAACAAAUAAAGAGCUGGGUAUCACAGAAGCAUUUGGGGAAUUAAAGCUGAACAUGGAUACAGAGAAACACCUCCCGGAGGGCAGAGACAAGAUGGAAGUUCAAGACGAGAGAGACUGGAUAGAGCAGUACAGAGAAAUUAGAAUGAGAUUUCUAAGUGAUGAUGAUCAUGAUGGGAAAGAAGCUAAAUUAAAGACCUCUACAAAGGUGUUUGAUGAAGAAAUGGUGGAUGAUGUUCCACCACCACAACUUUCUGUUUGCUGGGAAGAGGAAGACACUGAGACACAGAAUCUAGAGGAAACUGAUAGUUUUGGGAAAGAGGAAGUUGAGGAAGACAAGGCAGCAAACACUUUCACUAUCCAAAACCCAAAUCCAUCCAGAUAUGACCCUCACCAUGACCCUACAUAUGAUGCCUCAUAUACCCAAGACCCCUACUGGGAUGUAAACCUUUCAUCUAACCAGCAGUCCUCCAACUCUGACACACCUUUCACAAGCUCUUCCCAGUCCAACCCUCAAACUCACCAACCCAAUUCCGUUCAAUCUACUUUACCCCAUGUCUCAAAAUCUAAACUCAACCCCAGCUUUGAGCUUUCUUCUCCAAACUCUGCAUCUCUCUUUGGUUUGGCUGUCUCCCAGAGAGUUCAGAGUCUUGGAAAUGACAUCUUUCCUUUAAUUCCAUCUGCAAGAAGGACAAGCUCUCCAACUCCGCAUCCCCAAAGUGUCGGUUCCCCACACACUUCCUCUCAAAAGCUCUAUUUCCAAAACCUGAUCUCACAAGAGUUCAUUUCUAAGAUUCCAGCAUCUCCAGGUUCCUGCAGUGAAGCCCUGCCCACUUUUACAGCUCCACCCUCUGUCAUUAUGACAACUCAGGCAAGGAGGCGGGCCUGGAGUUCCUUUUCACGCACAAAGUUGAAAAAUUUGGAGCCAAUUUGAAUAUCUGGAUUCAGAUGAAGCUUUCACACAUCACAUUUUGUUGUUUUGGAAAUCUAAAGAAGUGCUGGCUUGUAUUAUAUCAUUAAUUGGUUACAUUUGAUUUUUGCCUUUUUUAUUAUUAUUAUUAUUACAGUGCCCUCCACUAAUAUUGGCGCCCUUGGUAAAUAUGAGCAAAGGAGGUUGUGAAAAAUUCCUUGUUUAACCUUUUGAUCUUUUGUUUUAAAAAAAAAAAAAAAAAAAAAAAAUCAUCUCUGCUCUCAUGGAUAUCAAACAAUUGCAAACAAAACACCGGUUCAUCACAAAAUGUAUAUCUUUGUUAAAUAUAGCUGUGCAACAAUUAUUGGCACCCUUAACUAACCCAUAACCAACUAUAAAUGGGAAUAUACUUCAAAUAUAUUUUUCUCAUAAGAAUUCGUAGGGGUGCCAAUAAUUGUUGCACACUUAUAUUUAACAGCCUUUUUUCUUUUUUUUUUUCUUUUUUUUUUUUAAAUAAACCUGUGUUGUUUGCAAUUGUUUGAUAUCCAUGAGAGUAGAGCCUUUGAAAGCCUUCUUUGCCCAUAUUUACCAAGGAUACCAAUAUUGGUGGCCAGCACUCUGUAUAAUUUUUUUAAUUUAUUUAUUUUUUUGAAAUUGAACAGUAUUCUUUAUAUAAUUGGUAUAAUAUUGGUAGAUUACUUAAAUUUUUUUGUUUUUGACAAUUUAUGAAAGUGGUGUUAAUUUUGAUUUGUAUAUAAAUUAAACAUUUCAAGCAUCUGA